GUCAGUGUACCAGUAGCCGCUCGUGCUCCAAUAGCCGCUCACCGUCUUCAAAAUGAUGUUUAUUGGCAUAAAUAUGUAUGAUUGUCUUCAUCCGUGUAUAAUUCGGCACGCAUAUUUUGAAUAUCCGUGGAAAAAAGAUUGUAUUUUUGCAGGAAACUUUGUUUUCUACACUCGUGAGCGGCUAUUGGAACACGAGCUGCUACUGGUACACUGAGGGUACAUUCUUUGUUUGUUACGUUUAAGUUUGAGAUUUGUAGAUGUGCCCUUAGAAACUCGUUAGUUCAAAAGAAUGUUUGUAAACACUCCGAUAAUGAAUAAAACAAAUGUUCCGCCAAGAACAAAUUAAGCACCUCUGCUAAUGCCUACCAUCAUCGCCUCGCAAUCCAACAACUCGAGUGCGUAUCAAUCAACCACCGCACACCACACACAUAAGGAACGCCGGUCGGAUCACACUCACGCAGUCGUCAAUCCGAGUGUUGAGUAUCGGGAGAGGAGAGGAAAACGAUAAAAGAGCCGAAGCGAAGCCCGUCGAUCGUCUUGCCGCAGCCUACGAGCAUCGCGCAUCGAGAGAAAGCGAUUCACUGCCGGUGAGAUAGCGGUUGUCUUCGUAACUACCACUACCACAACAUACUGCCAGACGGAGGGUGCUGGUCGCGCGAUCCUUCUCAUCGCCAGCAGUCGGCACGAAUCCAUCAGUCGGUACGGUAGUGAAACCGGAGCUCUAGUUACUCCGACGCCGGGAAAGCACAAAGUGACUGCAUAGUGAAAAAUUCCCUGUGGAAAGAGAUAAACGUGAAACGCAAAAGGCCAAAUUAACCAGCGAGUGGCCAAUCGACGUGGUGAGUUCUUGGUUUUGCGAUCAGAAGUGUGAUAGUGAUUAACGGAAUCUCUCCACCAUCCAGACCGACGCUACUGCAGCCAACAAAAGGAGGCGGCCAUUUUGCACGCCCAUCUUUGCCAAGCCACACGUUCUGGGAAAACCGCACAUCGUUGGGCGAAUUUCGCACGCAUCCGAACGUGAUUUGUAUUAUUUUCCUGCGGGUGAGUUAGUUUUUGCGAUCCUCGGAAGGCAACCGUCUAAUGAAUGUCUCUCCAGUUUGACAGCCCGUAUACCCGGUGGCGGUACUGUGGCCGUGCAACUGGCAGAUUACCAACCGUGCACGUGAUACAUUGGUCAUCGUUGCUAGACGCAGAGAACCAAUUUCAACAACCGUCCGACGAAACUUCGCACACGAUCGAACGAGCAAAGCAGGGUCAGCAGGAGGCAAAAGCUUCAUCUGGGCCACAACCAUCCAGAAAUUCCGAGAAGACAGGAACAAAGAGCCUUCACCAAAGAACUCUGCUCGCCUCAGGGCUCUUUUUUCUCGUUCCAGUUUCGGCGGCAUCAUCUAGGCAAACCGUGCGAGGGAGUAAUCAACGCCGACGCGAAGGCAAUCGACCUUGAGACGACCUCGGUGGCUUUCGGCGGAACGGAGCAGCCUGUUUCCGUUUCUGACGCGAGGGGCUCGCAGCAUCAAGGAUCGUUUCGGCAAAUCGGAGGAGCGGAGUGGUUGGCGAGGUUGGAUCCAACCAUGGAUCGGACAGCGGGGUCGUCCAUGAAGACGCAACUGACGAGCGAGGAGGCCUGUGUGCGCGGGCGAGUUGUUUGAUCGGUGGCAAUGCGUGAGUACAGUGCGCAAACAAAUGUUAGUUUCUAAGUAAGAAUAAACAGCUAGGACGUAGAGAGAGGAUUAGGCGUUUAGGUGGCACAAUGCUAGGAGCCAAAUAAAGAUGUUGUCUAAAUGAAUAAGCUUUGAGUUGGUGCUUUGAUUGCCGUGUUUGUGCCCGAAUUACCCUGCUAUACGGUAGUCUUGCUCUACUGGUCGGGAAGUUUGCAACACUGGCGCCCAACUGAAAAUCCACACAUUGUGAACUACCGUUUAGCGUUUUGAGUUUUGGUUUUGUUGAGAUUUGGUUUUGUGCAAUUUCGAUUAUCUGGCUAACGAUUAUCGAAACAAUUUUAGCCCUUACGCAUAUAAGAUUCAACAUAAGACAUGGAUUACACACACUUAACAGAUGAGGAGGUGACGUAUGAGUUGGCUCUGCGUCACGUGGUAAAUUUAGGGCCUACCACCCACAGAGGAAAGGUCCUCCGUCUAAAGGCACUCGCCCAGGAGGAAGCCUUAAGAGAUAACCAGCCCACUAGCUCAGCCCAUGUAAUGAGUCCACAGUCCAACAUUGAACACUGCGAAACUCAAAUACAGCAGCUGCACAUUAGCACUGAAGCGGCCAUUCGAACAGCCGAUAGGGCUGCAAUCAGUCAAAUCCGAACGCGUCUUACCCACUAUCGCGACAGAUUACGGUUAAUCCACCCGCCGGUCGAACUGAGAGAGCUGCAUGGGAUGCUAACCAUGCACGUGACGGUUUUGCUCAACAAAGUGAAUGGUACUAGUGUAGUGAGUUGUGUGCAACGAGGUGAAAAUGAGGUGAACCACACAAGUUCAACGGGUGCCAUAAGAAGAAGCAACAACGAAGAGGAAGGAGCAGUCGGUGGAACGGCGGACGCCACGAUUCCAGUGGGCAACAAUUCAAAUCAAGAAUCCACACCACCGCCAGCAUCACAGCCGCCUCUGAUGACGUCAUUCUCUGGUGGACAGGGACGAGGAUUGCUGUUUUCGAGUUCGUUUCGAGCGCGAGACAACGAAGAUGGAGGUGAAACACAGCCUAGACAACGGAACACCUCACCACCGCCUCCCUACCUUCCACGGGAGCGAGAAACAUGGAACCGGACAGCUCGAGAAACACAAUCACGAGAAGUUCACGAGCUGCAAUCGAGAAUAGUGGAGAUGCAGGAAAGAGAGCAGCGGAUGCACGAAGAAUACUGCCGAAUGCGGGACGAUCUGGAGCGGCUAGUGCGUCGAGAACGACCAGCGCCGGAACGAGUGGAUGAUCGACGGAUUCAGAAGGCCGUGCACAACUGGCCUUUCAAGUUUCGCGGCGAAAAGGACACGACGUCACUCAACGUGUUCCUAGAUCGCGUGGAGACGUUCGCGAGAUCGGAAGGCAUGAGUGAUGCCACACUUCUGAGUUCCAUCAAGCAUCUACUGCAGGAGGACGCCAUCGAUUGGUACUCACGAGCAACGUCGCAAAACCAGUUGCGGACCUGGGACCAGUUCAAGCGGGAGAUCAGAAGGGAAUUCCUGCCCAGCGGAUACUCCCAAAUUCUGCGUCUGGAAGCCAGCUUUCGAUUUCAAGGAAGGGAGGAAUCCUUUGCGAAGUUCUACCGAGACAUCUCAGCGCUCUUCCGCUUCGUCGAUCCACCCAUUCCAGACGACGAAAAGUUCUUCCUGGUGAAGAAAAACAUGAACGAGAACUACGCAGCCAUCGUAACAGCAGCGAGGCCUCGUUCACUGGAAGAAAUGGUGGAAGUCUGCACCGGAUACGACGAGACGAGGAUGCUUCUGAACAGGCAACGCAGGAUUCCCAUUCCGCACAGCGCGCUUCUGGAACCGAACUUCGCUACGCCAGUAGUAACCAGCAGACCACCACCGGUUCAGCAUCACCAACAGUCACAGCGGUUCAACAGAGUUCACGCCGUGGAGGUGGAAGAAGCCGCAUUCGAGCACGAAGCAGCGGAGGAAGGACCAGAAGACAAUUGGCAGCACAACAUCGACGAACUGGUGGAGCAAGUCAACGCGUUGAAGUUGAACAUUGAGCGGAGAUCUGCGAGACCAAGCUUUGCCGCACGCGACGAAAGGCAGCCAAGGCCAACGGAUAGAUACAACCGGACAGAGGCUGACGUCCUGCGAGCAGCGCGGCAGUACACAAGAGAUGUGCAAACCCCGGCACAGCAGCAGCGUCCGCAAACCGCAUCGUACCAGACUCGGCUACCACAACAACAGCAAGAACAGCCGCAAAGAGCACAGGGCUGGCAAGCACGACAGUGGAUGCCAAGCUCGGAUCAGAGCGACUAUAACCGAAGAAGCCAACGUCUGCUGCCAGAACCAGCCAGGCAACGGGAAGGUCGCCAGAUACAACAGGAAGAAGCUCCGAAUGACCAACGACCAGCGAUGCUCUGCUGGAACUGCGACGAGGAAGGCCACAGAUUCAUGGACUGUCCGAAACCGCAAGCCAUUCUCUUCUGCUACCGGUGUGGACGGAAGGGCUACUCGUUGCGCAGUUGCUUCACGUGUCGCACGGACGCGUUAAACUACCCAGCGGAGAACCAGCAGUAGAGGGGAGCAG